AUGGCCCCCCCCUUUGAGACUGCGAAGAUCACCCUCGACUACCUCCCCUACGCCUGCGAGUUCGACCCUCACGAUGCGAACCGCCUCCUUGUCGGCGGAGGCGGCGGCGCCAAUAGAAGCGGCGUCGCCAACAAGAUUACAGUAAUCGACGCCUCGACCAAGGACGAGCUGCGCGUCAGUGGCGAGGCCGACCUCAGCCGCGACGAGGACAGCGUCAUGACCCUUGUUGUCGGCCCCAAAAAGGGCCGGACAAGCUACGUCUACGCCGGCAUCAACUCGAGCCCCGCCGACGUUGAGAAGGGCAAGAACGAGCACUUCCGUGUCUUCGGCGUAGAGCAGAGUAAGGCGCGCGUCUCCUCCGGCGCUAAUACCCCCGGCGUGACCGUCGCCGAGCUUGCGCGCACCGCCCUCUUCGAGCACAACGAGAUCGACAAGGACGCCUACCAGCGGGUCCUGCGGCUCUCUGCGCCCUACGGCGAGAAGCCUCAGCUCGGCGCCGUGGCGACUGGUCUGGCCAAGGAGUCGCAGAUUGUGGUGUUCGAGGUCUCGCCUGCGAGCGCUGCUGCGCCCAAGGUCAGGGGCAGACUGGAUAUCACAAGGGAGCCCAUGGACAUCGACGUCGUCCAGACUGGGGAGGACGAGUUCAAAAUUGCGUACUGCGACGAGCGCGAACUAUUCAUUAUCAAGGUCACCAAGUCCGAGGUCGACGGCCCCCAUCUCGCUUACACGAUCAAGGAGGACGGCACCGGCGCCUGGCCCACGUUCCGGUCGAUCCGCUUUCUCUCGCCAGACUUUAUCUUGGCGGGCACCAACAUCCCCAAGCGGGCCGGCUCUCUCUUGGUGGGCAUCCGACUGCCCACGAAGGCGGGCGAGGAAGGACGGCUAUCAGCGUCGGCAAAGCUGCCUCGCGCAGUCAACCAGAUCACGACCAUCGCCGUGCGGAAUCUCAGCCCGCCCUCGACCCCCGGUGGCAAGAUUGGGAAUGCGCAGUUCCUUGUCGCCGCGGCCGGCCAGGACCGGUCGAUAUCGCUUUACACGCUCGAGCAUAAGGCGCAUUCGAGCAUUGACCUGCUGGUCGACUUUGAUUUCCUCACGGCUUUGAAAGAGGUCCACCCGCUGCAGAUCACCAACCUCGCCCUGUCCGUCUACAUCCCGCCCAAGACCACUGCGCGCCCUCAGUACGUCAAGCUGGCGAGCAUCUCGAUGAAGAACACCGUCGUCGUGCACUCGAUCCUCCUCAAGAAGUUCACCGACAGGGACGCCCCCAUCCGCAAGGGAGGCCCGCCCCGCCCGCAGCGGUAUGCCGUCGCCCUGCAGCCAAGCAAGUUCACAAAGUCACGAAUCUCGGUUGUCACCUUCCUCGUCUUACUGUUCGCCGUCCUCCUCCAGCUCACUCUGGAAAGCACGGGCGCCGUAGAACCUCGCAUCCUCCCCAGCCGCCACACCGUUGCCAACAUACCCAACGAAUUCCUCACGUCGCUCAUCGGCGACGUCCACGCCCUCCAGGGUGACCCCAUCGUCAUCCGCGAGGACGUCGUCAGCCCCACGCACAUCGAGGAGGACCCUGUGCCGCGGUUCCAGGCCGCCGUCCACGACGAGGAGGUGUACGGCCCUGCAGUCAGCUGGGAGGACCUCGCGCCGCAGCAGAAGAAGCUGUGGAAGGAGAAGCUAUCCAAGGCCGGGCACUGGACGCAGAACAUGGGCGAGAGCGUUUUCAAGGGCAUCCUGUUUGGGGAGAUUGCCGGCGCAGUGGGCCGCGCGGUGGGCGGUUAG